UUAACUCUCUAGGAUUAUUCUUUAAUCCAAAAUUGAUUGUUCUUUGAAGACUAGAAAGGAUUCAAAGGCACUUGGACAAGAUCAACAAGCCCCCUGUCCUCACCAUAGUUGCUAUUGGAUGUUGUUAUUAUUAUUAUUUUCAGAGUGCAGACGGUGAUAUCAUAGAUUGUGUUCACAAAAGAAAACAACCAGCUCUUGAUCCCUGUUCACUCUUCUUUCGUCGCUCGCUUAACAAUGGGAGCCGUGAAGUUAGUCUUUCAUUCUUCGCCGCGUAUAGAUGGCGUUUCUGUUGAUCCUGAACCCGAUUGGAGCUUCGACGCUCUCGUUUCGGAGCUCAAUACCUUGGAGGCGAAGCUCGCCACUACUUCUGUUACUUCCUCGCAGUUCCAGAAAACAAUGCCUACUUGGAAGAGAGGAGGUGAGAGAGGUAAACCUUUUGUGUUGCGUGCUCAAGAAUUUGAUUUGGAUGACACAGAGAGCGACGAUGAUGGGGAUAACAAAGCUUUGGUACCUGUCAAACGGUUCAAUUGUGAUAAACUUUAUCUGAGUGACAGUGAUGAUUCUGACGUGUCUGCAUUUGACGUGCAACCCUACUUGAUGGAUAAAGGAAAAGAGGUGGAAACUGCGUUAUUUGAGUUGGCACAAGAACAUCAGCUUAGGGUUAAUGAUGAAAUACGGACUAAGAUCUCAGCAUUGGAGACAGCUCUGGCAGAUGAAAGUCAGAACUCUACCUCGGCUCUUCUUCGAGUUGAGAAAUAUAAAGAAUCAAGACAAGAACAGGAUAAAAAGUUAGAUACACAAUAUCAGCGCAGGAUUGCAGAAGCACUUGAUAAUCACUUGACAGCUGUUCAACGGGACCGUGAACUUAGAUCACAAAUAGAAGAAAGGAAAAUAAGAAGUGAUGCAGCUUAUGAAGAAGCGAAGAGAAAGGUUGCUUUGCAAGAGGAAAAGCAGCAGCAGGAAAAGGCUAAAGCAGAAGCAGAGGCCAAACUUAGAGCUGAAGAAGCAAAACGAGCUGCAUUGGAAGCUGAGAGAAAGGCAGCAAUGGAAGCUGAAAAAAGAGCAGCAGCAGAAGCUGAAAGGAGAGCAGAAAAGGAAGCUGUAGAAGGGGGUGCUGCUGGAACUUUCCAGAAGGUUACUUCUGGACGAACCCAACAAGAGGCUGCAGUGCAUUCUACAGAUGAUGCAUCAAACGUAUCAAAUGCGAAUACCAAGGAGUCUGGCAAUCUGUAUCGUGCUGCGACAAGUGCUGUAAGUUUGGAGAGCGGGAGACUACAGAAACUGAAAGAGCUGUGUGAGAGGAACCAAGCAAUAAGAUCUAGUUCUAAUCAGGAUUAUACCCGCUAUGAAAGUCAUAUUUCUCGGUUGAUAAGACAAAUAAGGGGUGUAAUAGACAAUGUCAGGUCAAAAUCCAAUGAUCUUGUUAAGCUUUUGCGGGAUCCUCAAUGUCCUCAAUCAAUCAGCAUUGAGAUAUUUGCUAAAAAGUUUAUUUCAUACUGUGCAAACCUUGGUAAUGCACCCUUUGCAAGUGGAUAUGUCAUUGUUCUGGUUACAUCUCAGGUCCCGGCUGCAAUGGAUGUUCUGCUGGCUGAGCUUCACAGGGCCUGUCUAUACACUGUCCCAAAGCACAUGGUAUACAAAAAGUCUAUCUUUCAAUCAAAGGAGUCAUACUUCAAAGCUAUUGGUUAUCGAGAAGAUGGAGGAAAGUUGGAGAGUACACAGGAUUAUUUAAACCGGUUAGAAUCAUACAUGAAGGUUUAUGGUGCACUGGUUCAGACCGAGAUUCAAGGUGUUCAGAAUUUGCACGGUUUGCGAGAGGGUUGGGCUUGGCUUGCAAGGUUCUUGAACAAUCUCCCAGCCAACCAAUAUACAGCUGUUUCACUGAAUGCUUUCUUGCAAAUGGCUGGUUUUGCACUUUUUAGAAGAUAUAAAUCACAAUUCGUAAAGUUACUGAACAUCAUCUCUCAGAACUUCUUAGUUGAUCUGAAAGUUCGGCAGAUACCGGAACUCACAAGGACUCUAUUGGAGAUAGAGACUUAUAUAAAAGAUAAGAAGUUCCUUGAAGAGCCAGAAGGAAGGAGGCUAGAGGCUAAUUUGUUGUCCAGCAAAUCUGUUAAUUAUUGAAGGCUGAGACAGAUUUUGUUAAUUAUUCACUUGUGUAGAUUUAUUGAAGGUCAGGAAAAGGAAAAUUGUUAUUCUUAUUUUUCCGAGGUUUAGGCAAUAGGCAUUGUGAUAAGGGUGACGCGAAGGUGAAUUUUUUGGUGAAGACGGAAGAGUGAACCUUUUUUUUUUUUAUAGAAAAGUUUCACCAAUAAAAAUGUAUUAUAUUAUGUGUAUGCACAUAUUCAUUCUAAAUUUAGAAAAAGUUUUCAUUCUUCACUCCAUUUUAUUCUUUACCAAAGAAAUUCCCUUGUGUAAGUCUAAAUAUGCCAAUAAAGGCAAAUGUAAUUGACAUUCGAUGUUGUAUUUACAUAAAUCGAGUAUAUAACACUACAACACCUUAAAGGCUCUUGUUUUGGUUGAAGGAAUUGAUCUGGUGGCUGAUGAGAUCGUACUCCUCAAAGAAAGCUCUGCAGCCUUUUUACAGGAGUUCUUCGGAAAAAUUUAAAUUUCCAAAAUUCUGAAAUGAGGGACAAAAUUUGAAAAAACGGGGUAAAAAGGAGUUGCAUGAAGAAAAUGUAUAUGAUUUCAGACUGAAAAAUUGGGUCAAGGGAUAUAAGUAAUUGAUCUUAUUGGCUAUGACGAGGUAUUACAGGAAGAUGUUUU